AGUGGAGGGCCACACUAAAAACAUUUGGAACAUUUAGGCGCACACAGAUGGUUUAUUUUAUGCUUUUAGUUUACAGUAAUAAAACGAAAUGAACUUUGAUCAAGUAAAUAUACCAGGAAAACUGUUGCCGGCAAACUAUUUACAGCUAGGACUGGCAGCCCAACGGAGUAAGCAGCGCAGUUUCAAGGAGCUUCUUGAAAAGAGAAAACUGCCGGUAAAUGGUUGGCCCGAUGUGCAAAUUGAGGAGCUGGUUCAUAAGCUGGCGACCUUGGACAGCAACAACUUCCCGCAUAAGGUCGGAAUGGGCGAACGGGAGGCGCGAAUAGCUUGCAAACUCGUAGCCCGGCGGCACUAUAACUUCGGUCACGGAAUUGGUCGCUCUGGAGAUUUACUAGAGGCGCAGCCGAAGGCAGCUGGCUCCACGCUGCUCGCCCGCCUCACAAAUGCCCUGAUCCUGGAUUUAAUGCGGGGAAUCGGCCUGCCCAGUUGUGCCGGCUGCUUCUUGGUGCCGAUGUGCACCGGCAUGACAAUAAGCCUGUGCUUGCUGACCCUAAGCAAGCGGCGACCCGGGGCGAAGUACGUGCUCUGGUCCCGUAUCGAUCAAAAGUCCUGCUUUAAGGCUAUCACAGCGGCGGGAUUGGUGCCAGUAAUCAUCCCCUGCCAGGUUCAAGACGAUGCUCUACACACCAACAUUACUUCAUUCGGGGAGAAAAUCAAGGUUUUGGGUGUUCAAAACAUUCUUUGCCUGUACACAACCACCAGUUGCUUUGCCCCCCGCAACAGCGAUGACAUUUACGAAGUAUCCAAGCUGUCACAGCAGUGGGGAAUUCCCCAUUUGGUCAACAAUGCUUACGGAUUGCAGUCGGCAGACAUCGUUCGUCAGUUGGAGCGGAUUCACCGAGUCGGACGCAUUGAUUACUUCGUUCAAAGCACCGACAAGAAUCUUCUGGUGCCCGUGGGCGGUGCCAUUGUGGCCAGCUUCGAUGAGAGCCUGCUCCAUAAUGUUGCCAACAGUUACCCGGGUAGAGCCAGUGGUUCCCAGUCCCUGGACGUGUUGAUGACGCUGCUCUCGCUGGGACUCAACGGAUUUCAAUCCCUCAUUCAGCAGCAAAACGAAAAUUUUAUAUACCUAAAAGAGAACCUUAAGAAAUUCGCAAAGAGUCAUGGUGAAGUAGUGAUCGAAACCAGGCUUAACUUUAUUUCCUUGGCAAUAACACUGAGUACAAUUGCUGCGGAUCAGAUGGAAAGCAUUACCCAGCUUGGAUCCAUGCUGCACCAGCGUGGAGUGUCUGGGACAAGAGUAGUGGUUCCCGGGCAAAUAAAAACCAUCGAUGGACAUGAGUUUUUGGAUUUCGGCUCCCAUCGGAACGAUCUUAAGGUGCCUUAUUUAACUGUGGCGUCUGCAUUGGGAACAACUCGAAAUGAGAUCGACAAGUUUUUUGAUAUCUUUUCAAAGUGCUGGAUCCAGCUAGGUCAACAUAAAAAUGAUAACCAAAACUUUAACCUACCAAAGUCAACCGACAAUGAAUUGCAUUAAUUAGGUACAUAUGUAUGUAACAGCUAUUAUCAACGGAAAAAGCCAGGAUCCCACAUUGUAUAUUCAAAUUACAAUACAAAUAAUUUCAGAACCUUAGGACGGCGAUGUGAUUUAAAAUUAACCGUGGAAAGACGAAGUUUGCACCACGUUAAAACAAUAUCGUAUAAUAUGUAUUUAAAUAUAAAUUUCGAUCAUUAUGCAAAUGCAUUUUAAAAGUUAAAUCAGAUCAAACAAUCAAAACUCAAGAAUGUAUAGCGACCUAUAUUUAUUAAACAGUUUGGCAGAUCAUGCAAUAACGAUAAUUCACUAACGAA